AUGAGUCAACUGUUUAGUGACAGUGGUUUUAAUCAAAGGAUGACAGAAGAAUCAAGAAAAAAACUUGAUCCACUGAAGACACUUGAACUGCUUAUAGGGAAAAUCAAUAAGAUGUCUGAAAUUUGGGAAGAUUUCACAAGGAAAAGUCUAGAUGAAGAAAAAGUUCAUAAUUUUACCUUUCAAGAAAAACUGAAAACUCUAGAAGAAAUAUUUGAUCUUAUACAAGGUCAAAACGCUUCUAUAUUAAUCGAUGUCGAUUUAUUAAGCAGAAAUCUGUUAAAAAGUGAUAUUGAGUCUAAUAACAUAUUUGAACACAAUGAUGAGUAUAUCCCUUCAAAGGUAACUUCAGAGAGCAGACCUACCAGCCAUCCAUACCUAACCUUUGAUAUUGAUGAAAACAAUAAUCUUGAAUCCGACAUUUCAAAUAUGGAACUUCUCGAAUUUCCUACAAAAGGUUUUGAAGAUUUAAAUUUCCCAGUAUCUUCACCGCUUGAAAAUCAUAACAUUAAUGUAGUUUCAGGACCAUCAUUAAACUGCACUGAUGAAGAGGAGGAUAGAGAUAAGUUCCUUAACAAAAAAAUUCAACUUGCUAUGGCUGUUAAACCAAAUUCAAUUACAGAGUUAUUCUAUGAGUACGAGAAUGUCCUAACACCUAAAGUUAAGGAUAUUCAAAAAAAAUACGGUAAAAAGUGCUUAAAACAAAUUACAAACAUUAGAACUUUACAAAGGAGAAAAGCAUUAGUCUCAGAGAUUAAGAAAUUUGCUAAACAAAACCGCAAAUCUAUAAAAGAGACAUUGGAAGUCGCUGAAUAUAUUAGAUUGAAAAACAACAGAAGCGUUCCUUGGUUGUAUAACAAUAUCUCUCAUUUACUAGAUGAAUUGAAAAAUGAUUAUCUAUAA